AUGGACCGGCCCGCACCUACUGCCCCAGCCUUAUAUACCGCACAAUUAUCCGCUGGCCCUGCGUUGCCGCACCCCUCGCGUUCCGCGAACCAUCCGAGUCUCUGCCAAUUUAUCCGAACCCCUUGUGCGCGUCCCUCGAUGGCUCCUUCCAAUAAGUCGCAGCUUCGGUCGCUCAAGAAGGCACUGACGGCGAACGGCGCACCUCGUAACCAGGCGUACGCCCCGAACACGCUGAUCGCCCCGUCCACCAUGCAGUCCGAAUGCAGCACCCUCGUCGACUUCGGCGACGAGUACCUCGAUGAGGAGCAGCCCGAGGAGGAUGCCGCGUCCGUCCUCGGCUCGGACAACAGCGCGUGGUUGCGUAGCAUCUCCACGAGCUCGUCCUCUUCAGCAGCGUCUGCCUCUUCUGCACCGCGCGCUGCAAAGCGCCCCGAGACCGCCGUGAUGCUUGACAGCGACGACAUGUCGUGGAGCCUGCCCCGGGAUGCGAAGCGCUCCAUCCCAAAGCGGAUCUUACAUGCCUUCGCCGGCCAAUGAGGUUGGCUUUCUGUCGGCCAUAUGCCUCGCCCAUGCCUUCACAAGCCGUUGCCGAUGGGCAUGCAUAUGCUUUCUCUGGAUAAUUCGCACGAGAAGUAUGUAAUUGGAAAAGAUAAGGGUGCACCAUAUAGUACUUGGAUGGAUGUAAUAUAUCGCCUGUAUUGUUCAAGCUGUGUUGAGUUCUGUUUAAGUUAGAUGCGAUGUCAGCGUCGCCAUUUCGUGAAAGGACAUUGCGUAACGCAGUUUAACUUUGACAUUGAAGAGUCCGGCCCGUCUAUCAAUACAAUGAUUCA